UUUAUUUACACUUAUCAGUAGGUUGGUAUGUAAACUCAUUCAAAUAAGCCUACAAGUUUACUUCAAACAAACCAAACUUUACAAUGGCUUUAGUAAAUGUGACUGAAGAAUCAAUUGAGAUGGAUCAAGAAUUAGCGAAAAAACUAUUUGUAGAAGGAGCUUGUCUCAUCAUUUUAGGUGUUCCACUUGGAACCGAAAUCGGAAUUGAUUUGAAAUCUUGGGAAACUGCAGAAAGAUUUAGAGGCAUAAAGAUGAUACCUCCAGGACUGCACUUUGUGUAUUACAGCGGGACAAACAAGUAUGGAGAAGUUGCUCCAAGGAGUGGAUUCAUUCAUUCCUUUAAGAGAGCUGAGAUACUUGUAAAAAAGUGGGAUUCUGAAAAAGAAGAAAUCAGCAACGAAGAAGUUCCUGUUGAAACUGUUGAGAAAAUAAGAGAAGACAUCAAGAAUUUAGACAAAAAUUUAGGAGUCUAUCCUUAUGACAUAUAUGGAAAAUGGGUGAAACUGGUAGAUCAUAUUUCAGAGAAGCUAGUAGAAAGGCUAGUACCGGAGUCUGGAUGUAUCAGAUCAGCACUGGAGUAUACAUGUGCUCCAGCUACCAACCAGCCAACCGCACGCAAACGGCGCAGUAGACCCUCCACUGCAGAAGAGAAGGAGGAAGAUCUACUACCACAACUGACACCAUCCCCCGGCACUCAACUGCGGCUCACGGAGUAUCCAGAGCACAACUAUCCUGAAGGAUCUACUCCACAGGAUAUCACCCGACACUCCUUGGAUUCAACUUACACUCUGGAUACCCUGAUAGCCAAAUAUGACAGGCCCAAUGAUCUGCUCGGAGAGAUUCAGUUCUGUUUUGUUUGUUUCCUGGUUGGUCACUGCCUAGAAGCCUUGGACCAGUGGAAGCAGCUAGUCAGACUGAUGUGUAGUUGCGAGUCUGCGGUCUUUAAACGGACUCAAAUUUACUCUCACUUCCUCGAUGUUUUAGAAGAGCAAUUACACCAAAUACCUGAGGACUUCCUUGUGGACAUUGUAGCGUCAGUCAAUCUCAUUUACAUAAGUCUAAGGAAUCUUUUCCGGACAAUGCAGACCAAUAGUGAAGUCGAUGGCAGACUGAGAAGUAAGGCUGAACGUUUUCAGCAACGAUUGACACAGAAAUUUGAGUGGGACUUUGAGGAUCUCGACCAAGAGGAAGAAGAUGAAGCACCUGUAGUUGUUAACUUGUAAAUAUAUUUAUUUCCAUACUUUUUUAA